AUGCGCACUCCGCGUAGUACCAGUCGUUUAAGUAUGAGCAGCAGGCAAGGUGGAAGUCGUGCAUCGGAUGAGGAUGGCAAGACUGCAGUCAAAGUCGCUGUCCGUGUACGACCACCACUGAAAAACACCGAUCCUGGUUAUGAAUUGAUUCCCCAGAGAUUCCAGAAACCCAUAGUCCAUGUCACCGCGCCCACUAGUCUGGCCGUCGAUGUGGGCGCUGCGCGCAAACUAUUUGUGUUUGAUCGCGUGUUCCCUGAAACCACGGAACAGGAGGGGAUCUGGGAAUAUGUUAGUGAUAGUGUCGACUCCUUUGUUCUGGGUUACAAUGUCUCCAUUAUGGCGUAUGGCCAGUCCGGCGCGGGAAAGUCCUUCACAAUGGGUACCUCCGGUCCCACGGAGCAGAAUAACAUGCAGAAUAUGGGUAUCAUCCCCCGUGCUGCACAGGUCUUGUUCGAUAAACUAGAAGGGCCCUCGAAACAUAACCGGAAUAGCUCGCAUCCGACUACUGGCCUCCGAACACCUCAACGAUAUUCAAUGACUUCUGCCGGGAGCUACGGGAAGUUGAAUCACGAGAAAGAAAAGAGUUGGCAGCUGAAGGCCACAUAUGUAGAGAUCUAUAACGAGCACCUGAGAGAUCUACUCCUUCCUGAAACGACAACCACAACCGAUCGCAGCAACGUAACGAUUCGUGAAGAUACGAAGGGCCGUAUUAUUCUGACUGGGCUGCACCAAGUCAAUAUUAACUCAUUCGACGAUCUGAUCGGUGCCCUGAACUUUGGCUCGGCGAUCCGUCAAACAGAUUCUACAGCAAUCAACGCCAAAUCGUCUCGGUCACAUGCCGUUUUCAGCUUGAACCUUGUGCAGCGCAAGUCCUCACCAACCCAUGCGACGCCGAGUCCCAUAAAGGAGAAGCGUAUGUCGAUGCCGGUCGACACGUUCAACGCCGGAGAAACAGUCACUGUUGAUAGCAAACUGCACUUUGUGGAUUUGGCAGGUAGCGAGCGACUGAAAAAUACCGGCGCCUCCGGAGAACGCGCUAAGGAGGGUAUCUCAAUUAACGCUGGUUUGGCUGCGCUCGGCAAGGUCAUCUCGCAGCUCUCCUCACGCCAACAGGGCUCUCACGUCUCGUAUCGCGACUCGAAGCUUACCCGACUGCUCCAAGAUUCGCUCGGUGGGAACGCCUUCACGUAUAUGAUUGCUUGCGUGACUCCCGCCGAGUUCCACCUAAGCGAGACCUUGAACACAAUCUCAUAUGCUCAGCGGGCUAGAGCCAUUCAAAGCAAACCCCACAUUCAGCAGAUUGCAGACGAGGGCGACAAGCAGGCUUUGAUUGAACGACUCAAGUCCGAGAUAUCUUUCUUGCGCCUACAGAUCCGCAACUCUGAAGGAUCCGAGCGCCGUGAAGGAGGACCCACUGAACGAAGUGAACGUAAGAACGAACGUGAAAAGCACUUGCAGAAUCAGUUGUUAGACGUCCAAGAAAGCUACAAUUCCCUCAGCCAGCGCCACGCCAAGUUGAUUUCGAAUAUGGCCAACGAUUCGCACUCGCCUGCUGCCCACGGCGAAAUGGACGACGCUACCUCCGAAAUUGGGAAGAACUCGGUUGAGAGAAUGCAGCGAUCAAGGUCCUUUGCCGAGUCUGUGGAGCAGAUGGUUCUAGAGUACGAAAAGACCAUUCAAAGCUUAGAAUCUUCACUCUCUGAAACACGCGCCUCCCUCUCUAUCACGGAGAGUGAUUUGCUCGAACGCGAGACCAAGUGCGCCUAUAUCGAGACGGUAAAAGAACAGCUCCAGACCCGGGUCCAGAAGUUGACGGACCGAGAACUCAACACUGAGAACUACCUCCACGAAUUGGAGUCCAAGCUUGAUGGCCACUCUACAGGCGAGGAGAAACACGCUGCCAUUGUUGCGGAAUUGCGCAAGGAGUUAAGCCGGGCCCGCGAUAACGAGGCCAGCUGCGAGGAAUACAUCUCGACACUUGAAGAGCGACUUGCGGAGGGUGAUCAGGACAUGGAACUUAUGCAACGCGAGGUGAUGCGCUUGGAACAUGUCAUUGAGCGCCAGCGAGGCCUCGGGCAGCUAGACCGCCUACUCGGCGAGCUGGACCCAGAAAAUGGUGGGGAUAGAUACGACGUUGCCAAUGGCACUGACUACCAACACUAUCACCAGCCAAGCCGUUUGCAGGCCUCUCAUAGGCACACGCCCUCUCUGGACGUUCUCAGCGAAGCAGCGGAGACAGCCAUCCCGGAGUCAGACGAGGAUCUUGUCGAGCCGACCAUAGAGGCCGAGCUCGAAUCUAUCGGAGAAUCCGAGCAGGGGACGGGUGAGGACUUGAAGGUUCUGGAAACUGCGACUAGCAAGCUGGAGGCACGUCGCACGGAGGCUCUUCGUGAAGACCCGAUCGCAAGUCCCGCUCAGUCCAAAUUCGUUGCCGACAAGCUUGAGACUGUCACCCAGGAGCUGCUCGACCUGCGUCUGCAGCAUGAGAACACCGUUGGUGACUUCGAGAACCUAGAACACAAAUACCAGCAGGCUCUCAAGGCCCUUGAAGAGCUUCGCCAAGACAAAAUUGACGAAGCCUGCCACCCGGCACCUAGUGUUCAAAACCAACUUUCACCGCGCCCGGUGACUUUUUUAGAGAAUGGAGGCACUCCGACCUCGAAGCCUGGAGAACCACACUCAUUCUCGCAAUCACUCUCAUCGGAAUUAUCCUCGGUCGGGGAGCAAUCCACUUUGCGCGCAUUCUCUGAGGACGAAUCGAAGGCAAUUCCAUCCAUGCCCUCAACCCCUCAAGUGCAGGUGGACUCCGAAGAGUCCGAGAGCAUGCGUAAUAUGCUUGCUGAGCAUCAGGAGAGUGCUGAGCUCAUGACCCAGAAAUAUAUGGAGUUGCAAAACGAGCAUGAGCAGAUUCUCGGACUGGUCGAAAAGCUGAAGGCCGAGGCUCGCGCCAAGUCAAACUCACCCCCUACAACCCCUGGCAUCAAAGUGAUCCGCCGCAUGACUAGCCAGAACAUUCUGUCAGGAGUUGACCGUGCAACCAGAGCCAUUACUGGGCUUCGGCUCCUUGCGUCCGAGGAGUUUGCUGACAAGCCGGACGCUAUGCUCAACUUCGACUACCAUCUGGAUCAAACCAUGCACGAAUUGCAAAGCCGCAUGGAGCGCCUCCAAUCUCUAGAAGCCGAGAACCAGGGCGUUAAAAAAGAAAUGGAAAUGAAAGCAACUAUUAUCUCUGGCCUGACCAGAGAACGCUCGAGUCUGCAGGGUGCUUCGCCUGUGGACAUGGCUUUAGUGUCGCAACUGCGCGAUCAAGUCGUCUCCCAGGAAAGGCAGAUCAACCACCUUCGAGACGCUCAUGAAGCCCGCCAAAAGGAGCUGUUGACUGAGAUUGAUACUUUGAAGGGACUUUUGAAGUCUCAAGAGAACGCUAGCCGGGCACUCGACGCCGGUGCCGAGGAGCAGGACCGGAAGAUCGGUGCUCUGCAGGGAGAGCUCACGGAGUGGCAAGGCAAGCACAAGAGUGCUCUAGAGUCCCUGCAGUCCUCGGAGUCGCAGCUCACUACUACUCUUGCUGAGCUGGAGGGUGCUUUGGCUUCGGUCGCUGCUAUGCGCUCUGAGCGUGCUGUUACCGAUUCCGACUCUACCGAGAAAGAAGUCACUGCGCAAGAGCUUGAGGGUGGCCGCGCCGAACAGCAGGAGCUUGUGGAUAGCCUGAUGAACAACAUCGAGGAUCACAAGUCUACUAUUGCUACCCAGCUUGCUACGAUUGCCGGGCUGGAAGAAUCCCUCUCCGGUGCCCGGGAAAAACUGGCUUCACAGACCACUAUCGAGGAAGAGACCAAUACCGGUGCUGUUGACCUGGGUCUUUCUUCUCGGAUGGCCGAGCUUGAGCAGCAAAUUUCCGCCCACAAAUCGUUUGUCGAUUCUCACAAUAAUGAGCUAGCUACACUCCAGGAGUCUCACAAGCAUGAACUGGCCGAGUUGGAGGAGCGGACUAAGGCCGCUGCCCAGGCCGAGUACGAUGCUCGUCUGGCUGAGAAGGAUGCUGAGCAUGAGCAAUCCAUGGCGACUUUGCAGAAUGAUAUUGCAGAGUCUCGUAAUGAGUUAGUCAAUCUGCUUAAGGCUGUGUCGACUCUUCUCAACUCUGAAGUCUCCGCCGAGAACUUGACGGAUCAGAUCCAUGAUGUUUUGGUCCAGAAGCAGCACUUCUCAGACAAGUAUGCCGAGCUUAUGGACACCAAUGAACACCUUCGCAAGCAGCUUGAGGCUAACGCCGAUGCUGAGAGUCGUCUGGACGAAAUAACCAAGAAGAACAACGUCCAGGACGCCAAGGUCAAUGAGCUGGCUCUCUUGGUAGCUACUUUAGAGGAUACUCUUCGCCAGAAGGACGAACAGGUCAAGAAGAAGGAAGCCCUGGUCGAGGAGAUCACAAUCGAGAAGCAGAAGAGUGUGCGUCUCGUGGAGGAGCUGGAGGAACAAAUUACAAACAGCUUCGAUCAGCACCACAACCGUCUGUCCGUCAUUCAGCAGGAGCGUGAUCAGGCCCUGGAAGAUGCCAAAGCCAAGAUUGUGAUCUACGAAGGCGACAUCGAGACGUACCAAGUGCGGAUCGAGCAACUUGAGCUUCAAAUCAAGAACACCGAAGGCUCCCAUGACCGCAGCAGCUCCCUCACCUCCAACCUUCGCAAGAGCUCUUCCGCCGCCUCUCUUCCCUCGCCUCCACCGGCGAUCCCUCUCCCUCCCCUCCCCACUAUCGCCUCGCAUCCCAACGGCGCUUCGAGCGUGUCGCCGCCCAGCUCUCGACACGCCAGCAAAGAGCUGUCCCAUGUCCAAAUGGUCGAGGAGCAGGAGGCUCGAAUCCGAACAAUUGAGAAGCACUUGUACGCCGAGAAGCAGCUGACCGCCACCUUGGAAGAGGCCCUCGGCGACCUUGAACUCCAGAGUACCAAGGUCAAGACCGACUGCGAGGCCUGGAAGAAGAAGGCCUGGGAAUUCGAGGAUGAACUCUCCAACCUCCGCAAGGAACGCAGCUCUGCCCGUCUGUCCCUCCAGGCCGUCGAAGAGGAGCGCACUGCCCGUCGUGAGGCCGAGGCUGCGCGCGCUCAACUCGAAGCGCGCAUGAUCGCCCUCAACAAGAAAAAGAAGAAGAGCACCCUCAACUGCUUCUAG